AGGAGAGGGGGCGAGGGGGGAGAAAAAAGUGUGGUGGAAACAGCUGGGAGGAGAGAAGAGGAGGUAAACUAACCAAUGAGAACAAGAGGGAGGGAGGAAGAGCAUUAGAAACUCCGUCCCGGCUCCAUCCAUCCAUACUUGAAUGUUUCUGCUCUGCCAGCCUUUGCCCCGUUCCCCGACCCAGGAUUACAGAGCCAGACGCGGCCAUGGACAAAGCUGGGAGUCCCUCUGAAAAGCUGGUGCUGGAGUUCAAAGAGGACACUGCCCUCACGGAGAUGAUGCGUCUCCGGGUGUCGUCCCUGCAGCGGUCGGGGCAGAAGCGUCAGGACGGGGAGCGUCUGCUCCUUCCCCACGAGGCCGUGUACCGUCUGGACUUUGCCGUUCAGGAGCUGAGCUUUUCCCGCUGGUACUUCUCCCUCUCCGGCCAUGGGCGAGUCACCAUCACCGGUAUUUCCCAGCACUGGACCCCCGACCUGACCAACCUGAUGACGCGCCAGCUGCUGGAGCCCAUCGGGACAUUUUGGCGUAACGCCGGGGAUCCGGAGGAGUCGCCUCUCAAGUGUCUGGAGGCGGACAUGCAGGAGUUUGGAGAGAGGAUCGCAGAGCUGGCAAAAGUCCGGAAGGUCAUGUACUUUCUGCUGGCUUUCAAGGAUGGGGCCGAAGCAGCAAACCUCAGCUGCUCCAUCGAGUUCCUUCCAGAGAAAUGACCUAAAACCCUUUAGCCAGCUGGGUCCUCUUUAGCUAUUCUAGAAGCUCUUAAAUGUUUUAUUCUCUUCCUAAAUGUUCUCCCACAAACUUCACGACUGCUUAAACUGGUUUUGUAAAUGUGAUUUUUUUUAAACUACUAACUGCUACUGUUUAGCUUCCAAGCUUUAGGUAAAAUCUUUAUGUAAUUUUAUUUUAUAAAGGUAUAAAAAAAAUUCACUAAAUGUUCAAUACAAAAAUAUGAAUCUGAAACAAGCAAAAAUGAAGCAAACGGUUUUAUCUUAGUAAGCUGGUGCCAUUUUUAACAAAUGUUUACAAGUAAAUUAUUUUUUAAAACAAUCAAAUUACUUACCAAGAAAUUAAACACUAACAACCAAAAUUUUGAUUCAUUUAUAAUGGAUACUUUUUUAUUUUCUUGAUAAAUAAAAAACUCAAAUAAUGUUUACUAAAUGGAAAAAGAAUGUUAACCUGACAGCCGAGUGGAGAAACAUCUGUCCAACUGGUGGUGCGUUUAAAUGAUGAGGUUAAAAUCGGAUUUCUCAAACACAAACUCCAUGCUUUUCUUUAGUCUUUCAGAGUAAACUACAUCCAUACGAGUUAUUUUCAUGAACUCUUUUCCUACACUGAAGAAAGACACCUCGAUCUCUGAGGCUCCGCCUUUUUGCUCCGUCUGGAUGCCACCAAUUUCAUCAAAUCAUCUUAGAGCGACCUCAGCAGUGUGUCUGCGUUUUGACCACAAAAACAAAUAUCUGAACUUUUGUAAAGAUGGAUGUGCAUGUUGUGCUUAUAAAAUGAAAGCCAAUCACCGUUAGCUCCAUGGAGAAAGUGUCUGCAUUAUCCUGGGGGUGGAGCUGGCAGCGCAGACUAUUCCUAAAAGGGGCUGUUCCUCACUUUGUGACAUCACAAUGUGAGGAUCCAAUUGUUUUUGUGAAUUGGAAGGGGCUGGUGCUAAGAGCACAGGAUUUUAGAGAAAUUCUCAGAGAUGCGUGAAUGGAUCAAAAUACCAUUUUGGGGUUGAUUUUUUGUGAGGAAUCAACAUUAAAUAUACACUUAAAAUCUUUGAAAAGUAGAUUUUACAGGAUAUGGGCCCUUUAACAGUCAUGUAAACUGGCAAUCUGGUUUCUUGUGGUAGAUUUUUCUAAAGGUAAUAAGGCUCCAAACUCUCACAUUCAGCAGAAACUGGGUUACUGGUGUGUUUGUAAACCGUUGUUCCUUAGAUACACCAGGUAUUCCUUAAAAUCACCUCGUUUUGAGGAAUACCUGAAAAAGACAGAAGUGUCCACUCAUAUAACAAAUACAAUAACAAAAUAUGUCCAAAUAAAACAGUAGUUUGAAAGAACAGUAGCAGAAAUGGAGAUGAGUCUGCAGAAAUAGUCUGCUUUAUGGAUUUCUUAAUUUCAUUAAUCUGGUGAAAGCAGCAGGUUCACUUAUGUUUGAUCAGAUUAACAAUGUUAAAACAUUUUAUUUACUCUGAGGUUUAUGAUUUACUGUAUUAGUGUUAGGAACAAAUGUUCAAACAAUCAGUAAAUUCGGUAAAACGUUUUGUGACAGCAUCUAAGCAGCACAGCGACUCUUCUGCUCUGCCUUUAGCUCUCCAGUAGAUGACAUUCUCCUUCAGCUGCUUUAAUGAAUGCUUCUGAUUCUGUGUUGUAGGAUUUGAAGUGAUUUCUUAAGUGACAUCCCAAUAAAGUGUUACUACAAUGUUAAUCUUUGUUGCCUCCAUGAUUGUAU